AUGUCCACCUCCCUCCUCCAGCGAUGCUCCCGCGCUGUGCUCCUCCGUGCUGCCACUUCCGCCACGCCGACUCGUACACGAGGCUUCAGCUCCUCCGUCGCCGUCACGAAAGAGACCAAGGUCGAACCGGGGAAGAAGGUCGCACCGCAUGAUGGGGUCCCGUUCGCCGCACCGCCUAGGGAUGAGAUGAAGGUCAGUCCGAGUGGAAUCGAAGAGGUUGGGGAUGCGGGGUGAGGGGUGCUUUGUUGAGUGCGAUUGCUGAUGUUGGGGUGAUGGGCUUUCGAUUGGGUGUGCGUGUUGGUUGGGGAUAGGGCGAACUUGGACAAGGUGAGUUGGUUUCAUUGAAUGUAUGAUGGACAUAGAGGUGGUGUGGAAGCAAAAGCUGACGGAUCUGAUCUGCUUUCCCCUCAUUAUCUCGUUUCCUUGGGCGACGACCGACGCCGACUGUCUGCUCGAUUUCGAUUGACGAUAUGGUUCUAGUCUUCCUCCCCAACAUGGCCUCGAUCGAAUACGUCGCACCCGCACCGAUCCAAAUCGUACGUGAACCGUAGAACGCAUUCCAUUCCCGAACCACCGCAAAAGUAACCCCCUAACGCCCCUCUCUGGACCUCCUCAGCCCGGCGAGCCCGACAACUACUCUCUUCUCUCGACGGACUCGAGCUUGGAUUCGUUCCCUCACUUGCAUGAUCGGACUAUGAUGCCCAAGGUGUUUACCGUCACCGCGAAGGAGACGCAUUUGGGGGGUGGGCCGGAGAGUGCGGGAGGAAGGGAGGAUCCGGUUGUUUGA